AUGAAGCAUUUCCCCGAGAAAUGCUCCACUUUUAUCUCACGCUUUGCGCGGUUUUUGAAGACAACGACGACGAAGAGAAUGACGGCCGUUCCGGACGCGCACGCGAACAACGCGAAACUGCUCUCGUUUCUGUUCGCGUUGCUCGCUCUGAUCGUGCUUUUACUCGCAGCUUCAAAGACGACAAACACGACGAAAGAUGUCGAAAAUGAGGACGAGAACGGCGCUUUACUCAAGCGCUCGGAUGCGAGCGCGUUGCUCAAAAACGUACCCGAAAAUGACGAUAUGCGUAAGAAAACGUACUGCGCGAAAGUCGCCAACGUUGGCGAGUGGUUUUUCGGCGAAACCGCGUGCGAAUACGCACAGAUGGAGAUGGAUUUUGCGCACUCUUUUGAUGCCUGUGAUGAGGGUGAUGAGGCAAGUGGUUGGUGGUUCGAGCGAAGGCGGAGAAGAGCGAGAAGGAAAGAAGCGAAAGCGUGGGUCCCGGACGAAGGGUUAAUGGACGCGUGCCAGUUUUUUAGGUUUGCGUCUGCGACGAUUCAGACGAGUAGGAGUAGUUUUAGUAGUAGUAGUACGAGCGUAGCGAUCGAUACCGACGCGACGGCGACGGCGGUCGAGGUUGCGAAAGAAGCGCGAGAAGAAGAAGAAGAAGAAGUUAAAGAAGAAGUUCGAGAUGAAAACGCGGAAAACGAUUUCGCGAUUCAACGAAUGAUGCGCGGAAGAGAUGCGCUGUUCGUUGGAGAUAGUCAAGUUCGUCACGUGUACGCGGCGUUUUUGCGCCUCGCGGCCAUCGGCGACGCGCACGAGGCGCACUUGCAUCCGCUGCAACGGCCGAAGAAAUUGAAAAAUUCGCCCUUCAAUCGGAAGUAUCGCGCGUACGCGGCGAAAAUCGCUCGGAAAUCGAAAGGAGACGUCGUAAACGGAGAGGAAGUUUUAGAGGAAGAAAACAUCGAAGCCGAGGUCGUUGGUGAUAUUCCGGGUGAUAAGCGCGCGAAAACGGAUCCACUUAAACACCGAAACUGGACGUUUGCUAUUCAAGGCGGCGGCGUCGCGCACUUCGUCUGGGCGCCGGAAGCCCGAGACGUGGUCGAGGUCGUCAAAGAGCGCUUACUCUUAGACUCCGACGGCGAAUCGACCAAAGACUCGAAGUUUGCCUCCCCGGACUUCCUCGUCGCCGGCGUCGGGUUGUGGCACAUGCUUCACGAAGCCGAUGCGAACGAUUUCCAACGCCAAAUCGCCGAAGUUAAAGCGCUGUUAGACGACAUCGAUUUCAAAACCACCGUGCCGUUUUGGUUGACCGUGAGUAAACCGGGCCCGUCGCACUUGAUGAACUCAGUCAAAAAACAAACCCACUUAACCGAGGACAGUUGGGCCUCGUACCGCGAAGCGACCGAAAAAGAGUUCUCCGACGACGUCUCGCAAACAUUAGCCAUCGAUUUCGGCGCUUUAACAGAAAAAUGUGGCCCCAAAUGUUCCGUGGACGGCGUCCACGUGGACGAAACCGCCUACGACGCCGCCGCGCAAAUCCUCCUCAACGCCUUGGCUUCGUUAUGGGACGUGAAAAUCCCAAACUUUCGAUUCAGCAGCAAAAGGAAUCAAAGCCGAAAAAGUUCAUCGAAUUCGCAAGAAAAGGACGACAACAACUCUCUCGUCGUCGUCGAUCCGGAGGAGGAUUCGGAGUACGAGCCUCUCGAUUUCAAAGAGCCGUCCGAAAAACUAGAAUAG